CAUUCCUAUCUAUGCAGGUUGCAGAUAUGGCAGAAGAAGACCUGUAUAUCGUGUACAAGGGUGUGCAUUUGAUCAAACAGACUCAUACCCCAGAGAGCCUGAAGUACUACGAUGAGUUCUCUUUCCGUCCAGAGGACAUUCUGAUUGUUACUUAUCCCAAGUCAGGGACAGUAUGGAUGCAGGAGAUAGUACCUCUGAUCCUGAGCCAGGGAGACCCAGUAGUGGUGGACACUGUGCCCAACUGGUCCCGGGUCCCUUGGUUGGAGUCCAGAGCAUUUAUCCAUAACCUGGACCAGAGACCGUCCCCACGUGUCUUCACUACUCACUUCCAGUACAACAUGAUGUCAACGGGCUUCCUCAAGGUCAAACCGAGGGUAAUUUAUGUGAUGAGGAACCCGAAAGAUGUAUUCACUUCCUACUCUCACUUUAGUAGGAUGACCUCCUACUUGGUUAGUCCAGUGACACAGACUGAAUUUCUCCACAAAUUUCUUGAUGGAAAAGCGAUUUUUGGCUCGUGGUUCAAUCACGUGAAGGGCUGGCUGUCUGCUGCAGAACAGCAGCACAUCAUGUACAUCUCCUAUGAAGAGAUGAUCCUGGAUCUGGAGGCCUCUGUGACCCGGAUGGCUCAGUUCUUGGACACACCUCUGGAUUCUGAGAUGAUAAGGAAGAUUACCGAUCGAUGUGUGUUUAAGAAUAUGAAAAAGAACAAGAUGUCGAACUACUCCCUGAUGCCAAGUAAAAUGAUGGACCAGAAUGGGUCAGAGUUCCUCAGGAAAGGUAUUGCUGGAGACUGGAAGAAUCAUCUAACUGCAGCAGAAGCGGAAUACUUUGAUGAAUUUUACCGAAAGCAAAUGCAGGAUGUAAAAUACACAUUUGUUUGGGAUUAGUUUUGUGUGUUCUAUCACGUCCUGGGGCAAAGCCAACCCAUUGUAAAAGUACUAUUCCUAAUGGCCAUGAUUCAUCAUGAUUUAAAAUCACAUUCAGCAUUACUUAGACGGAGACGAUCUUGACAGAAAACGCAAAAGUGGCGUUGCGUUCUCACUUUUUAUUCAGCGUUUAACAGGCACUGUUCAACAGGCCCACCCAAAACUUUUCUUAAAAAAAUUAAAAAUAAGAUAAUAUAUAA